ACCAAAAUAAAUUUUGCAUCAACGGACAGUCAAGGAGCAUUCCAAUGCUAUAACACACAGAGAACACAGCAAUGGCUGAACAUGGCCGAUGUUCGUGCAGCACUUCACAUACCACCGCAAGUGCAGAAUUACAGCGAAUGCAGUGAUUUUGUCAGCGAUCACUACAUAAAGCAAAAUGGUGAUACUUCUCCAGUUUUUGAUAACAUCGUUAACAGUGGAUAUAAGCUGCGUAUGUUGAUCUACAACGGUGACCUUGACUCUGUUUGCAAUUUUGCUGGAGGUUCGUGA